UUUACAAUGCGCGGUCCGACUGUCCGAGUCCAACGAUAUGAUGGCUGAUUCUUUGCGUCCGCCGCCGUCUCCCUCUUCCUCCAACUCCAUCUCGAUCGCUGCUUCUUCCCGUCCAGAUAAGGGGCAGAAGGACGAGAGGGCGAAGAUGAAGACCACAGUGAAGGGUAAGUACGAGGUCAACAACAGCGCCGCCGCCGCCGCCGCCGCCACCACCAUCUCCUUCCACGCCGGCGACGGCCGUCUAAAGGCCUCAGCGACCGAAGCCACCUUCGCCAACGGUUCAUCCCUCGAUGGCCUCGUUCUCUCCUUCGAAAAACCCGGCGCCUUUAUCCUCGACUACACCGUCAAAGACAAGGAUGUGAGGUUUCAGUUCAUGAACUCGUUCAAGGUGGUGGAAAAAACUGUUAAUUUAACCUACACGCACGCAAGAGCGGCGAACCGAACAACGAUUGACGGGUCCUUGGUGUUCGAUCCGGCUAACAAGGUUUCGGUGAAUUAUGCGUUCGGUUCGGGAAACUGCAAGGUAAAGUACUGGUAUGCGCACGGGGAACUUAAGAGGACGGUGCUGGAGCCUUGCUAUGAUGUGUCGAAGAACGCCUGGGAUUUUGCCAUGAUAAAGAAGUUCGAGGGUGGUGAUUCCUUGAAAGCGACUUACCAUACAACAACUAAGAAUCUCGGAUUGGAGUGGAACAGGGAUUCCCAGGAGAAAGGCUGCUUCAAGCGUCUGCAGAUAUUAGCAUCGAUGAAUUUGGCAGACAAGCAGAUGACUCCCAAACUGAUGAUGGAGAGUACCUGGCAUUAUGAAAUAUGAGCGUGCAUGAAUAAUUUUUUCCAAUCAAAUUUCAUCAGCCAUACAACUCGUCUCAAAAUGGACGUCUUAAUGUAACUUGCACUUUCAUAUCUUACUCACAGGGUCUUUUUUUUCCCUUUCUUGUAUGAAUUUUAAGCUUCCGAAAAAGCCAUCAAUGAAUUCUCAUCAUAGCACUUCAUCUGUUAA